AUGUCAUCAAACACCAACGAACCCACAAGCCCUCCAAAGCCGCCAGUUCUAAACAACGAGGAUCUUAAAUCUCGAUCCCCUUCACCAGCUCUCACACCCAUGUUCCCACCCCACCAGCUAGCCCCAGACGGCUACACCCAACCCGACCGCUUCCCCUACAGCGUCUACCUCCGCUCAAAACACUCCCACCUCUGGGAUACCGACACCGAUAUUGCAGCUGAGGCCUCCAAGAUGUCACUCACCGAUGUGAGCCCUACCCUUAACCCAGUCGCAGUAGCUAUCAAAGCCACCGAAGAAUACCUCCGAACACACACACCCACGACAGCUAGCGAGUGCUCUACUCCACCACUCCCGCUUUCCCCGCCAUACAUAGCGCCCGUCGAGCGCCCAGGUAAUACCCGCUACGACCCCGAGCACGGGGGCUGGGUUGCGCGGGCGAAGGGUAAGGGUCCGGCGAAGAAGGUUGCGUUUAAUCUGGAGGCGGAAGUGUUGGGCGAUGAGAAGCACGAGAAGCACGAGAAAUAUGAGAAGCAGGAUAAAAAGAAAACCAAGGAAGAGGAGAAGAGGGAGAAGAGGAGGGCGGAGUUGAAGGGGAGUAUCUCGGAGCCUGUGGGACUGAUUGGGCAGGCGAGGAAGAGGAGGGAGGCGAAGAAGGCGGGGCAGGCAGGACCUAGAUUUGAGUUUGAAAAGUUUUGUGAUGCUAGUAUCUCGAAUUUGUAG